CCGGCAAAAUGAACACACAGUAUGGGAAAUCGCAUUUCGGAAAAAAUAAGAAAAAGAAGGAAGAUUUCAGUGGCCAUGCGGGAAAAGUGAAAAAGAAACAGUUAUACAACUCAAAAGAAAAGAAAUGGAAGACAAUCGAUAGAGAAAUAUCGUCUCUUCAGGAAAGAUACAGCCAGAUUGACUCCUCAUCUGUAGAGAAAUUCACAGACAUUCCACUGUCCAAAAGGACUUUACAGGGUCUUGAAUUAGGAAAAUAUGAAACUCCAACUGAAAUUCAGAAGGAAGCAAUUGGUUUAGCGUUACAAGGAAAUGACAUUCUUGGUGCUGCAAAAACAGGAUCAGGGAAAACUCUAGCUUUUCUUAUACCGGUUUUGGAAUGUUUAAACAGACAAAAAUGGAGUCCUCAGGAUGGCCUGGGAGCAUUGAUAAUCUCUCCUACCAGGGAACUUGCCUACCAAACCUUUGUGGUGAUACGGAAAAUUGGAAAAUUUCAUGACUUCUCUGCAGGUCUGGUGAUCGGGGGCAAGCUGCUGCAGGAUGAGAUUGGGCGUAUGAAUAGGACAAACAUUGUGAUCUGCACCCCAGGCAGAUUGCUCCAACAUAUGGAUGAGACUGCUAACUUCACAGCUGAUUCCCUACAGAUGCUUGUUUUGGAUGAGGCAGACAGAAUACUUGAUUUGGGGUUUGCCCAGGCGAUGAAUGCUAUUAUAGAAAAUCUGCCAAUAUCACGACAAACUCUCCUGUUCUCGGCCACACAGACAAGGUCAGUGAAAGACCUGGCAAGACUAAGUUUACAGAGCCCCAUGUAUGUGUCUGUCCAUGAGAAUGCUGAACACAGCACACCCACACAGCUAGAACAGAGUUAUAUUGUGUGCGAGUUGCAUGACAAAAUCAACCUUUUAUGGUCAUUUAUCAAGAACCAUUUGAAAUCUAAAACCCUAAUCUUCUUAUCAAGCUGUAAGCAGGUGCGUUAUAUCCACAACUUUAUCUGCCAACUCAGACCCGGUGUUUCUGUCCUUUGCCUCCAUGGUGCCAUGAACCAGUUGAAGAGGGUCGCUGCAUAUAAUGAGUUCUGUCGCAAACAGAAUGCUAUACUCCUUGCUACUGACAUAGCAGCCCGAGGACUAGAUAUUCCUGCAGUCAAGUGGGUGUUACAGCUGGACUGUCCUGAGGAUGCCAACACCUAUAUACACAGGGUGGGGAGGACAGCAAGAUAUGACACGGAUGGGGAGUCGCUGCUCGUUCUGUUACCGUCUGAGGAAGAAGCCAUGGUCCAGCAACUCAAGGAAAAGAAAAUCCCAAUUGAAAAAAUAAAAGUUAACCCAAAGAAGUUAUGGAGCAUACAGCCCAAGUUAGAGAGUAUGUGUGCUGCUGAUCAUCACGUCAAGGAGUCGGCACAGAAGGCGUUCCUGAGCUAUUUGCGGUCUGUCUUCAUGAUGAGUAACAAGAAAGUGUUCAAUAUCCAUGCUAUUGAUACAGAAAAAUAUUCUGCGUGCCUAGGCCUGGCCUUUCCCCCGAGGAUCAGGUUCUUACAACGAGAAGAGAAACGGUUAGCUGAAAAAGCAGCAAAUAAAACAUCUGUGGUCAAGUCCAAAAACAAACCUGGAAAGUCUGGAGUUGUUGAUUCCUUGGGAGAUGAAGGGUUCUCAGAUGUUGACUCUGGAAGUGAUUCUGACAUGGCUGUGGACAGUGAUGAAAUAGGUGUCAGCAGUGGCAGUGAUGACUCUAGUGAAAGUGAAAGUGAAAGUAGACAAUCUGAAAAUAACCUUGAAAAAAAGAAAGUUGCUAAAAAGGCUUAUUUGGAGAAAGAUUCAGACACUGCUGAUUUUGAUGUGGAAGAGGAAGAUGAUUUCCUCACAGUGAAGAAAAAACAUAUGCCUUCUUUAGAUGCAGAUGACAAAAAAAAAGCCAAGUCUUCUGAGCAGAGCUUUGAGAUUCCCCAACGUCGGGGCAAGAAGGCUCCGACCAAGUAUGCCAUGGCUAAAAUGAUACAAAAGAAGAGCAUCAUGGUGAACCAGAAGGUCAUAUUUGAUGAUGAGGGAGAGACUGUGGUGGAUGUGAUGAAGCAGUCUAAGGUUGAUGAGGAGCCAGACGAUGAUGAGGGUGGAAUUGACAUCAAUGCUGCCAAGCAACGCAUGGAGAAAGAGGACCAGUUUGACAAAAAACUGGACAGGGACCGUGUCCUUCAGAUACACAGGGAGAAGCGACUAAAGCUGAAAGAAGAGAUGAGAGCGAAGAAAAACAAGAAAAGAUUCCAGGAUAAUGAUGAGGAGGAGGAGGAAGGAGAAGCAAUCUUAGAGGUAGAGGAGGGUGGAGCUGAUCCGUUAGACUUCCUUCCUGACCCUGACAAAGUGUAUGGCUCUGGGGACGACAGUGGCGAUGAUGAUGAGGAGGAGGAGCCGGACUUUGAGCCAGUUGCAAAGAAACGGAGAGUGUCCAGUACUGAUGAUAGUGACAGUGAUGAGUAUUCUGGAGAUGAAGAUGUGGCUAGUGGGGAUGACGAUGAUGAUGAGGAGGACGAGGACGAGGACGAGGACGAUGAUGAUGACACAAUACAAUCAGGAUACACUUUACAAGAUGAUGAAGCACUGGCAUUAAAGUUGCUUGGAAAUUGAAUUGUUGAUUUUUAUAAACUGAGUAAUAAAUAUUUAUGGCAGCAAAACAUAUUUUUUGUUGAAUAAAAAUGAAUACCUUGAAUACAAAAAUAUUGAUAUGAUUAGUUCUCGCAUGUAGGGUCUUGAUCAAUAGAAAUAUUGAAUAUUUGGUGUUAAUUUUGUGUCUUUUGGGUAAAACCACAAAAACAUUGCAAAAGUAACAAAACAAAUGAUGCAUGUAUAACCUACCUGCGCAAAAGGAAAUGGGGUUAUGUCUGAUACCACAUCGGUUGUUUGUCGGCCAGAAUGUACCCUAGGGAUUAUAAGGAAAGUUAAUGCAUGCAUCCUUUUGUGAUAUAGUUGUGCAUGCUCAAGUUUUAAUUAGAUAAAUAAUGGCCAUCUAAUAAGUUAUUGUAUGAGAAGAUUCUAACCGCUAUUUCUGAGGACCUACUGGAAGGAUCCUGAUAAAAAAAACCUGUAAUGCAUGAUUUCCUAUGUGCCACAACUGUGCAUGCUUUAAUUUGUGAUGAAUCAGAAAACUAGGUGCUCGUCAAGGUCCCUGUUGGAUUUUGCAUGUAAAGUUUGUUGCUGUUGUUCUCAGGAACAACUAAUGGGAGAAUGCCAAAUGAUUCAGGUAGUCCCUUGCACAGGAUCAGAGAAUUUGUUACAGCUAUAUUUGGACCUAAACAGGUGUACAGAGUAAUUUUACAUGUUUUAUGGAUUAAGAACGACUUUCGGUAAAAACUAACAGCCAACAGUAUGAAGUAUUUUGCUGUCGCACAAAUACACCCUUAAGAACAUUUGAAAUGCUAUUACCCAAGCCAAGAGUUGUUCCUUGUUCCCAUCACUUGUUCGGGUCCUAACCGCGUAACAGUAGUUUUUCUCGACUUGAAGUCCACUUCAGAAUGCAAAUAGCAUCUUCAUCCUGUAUCCACAUGAUAAAAAGCUUUAUUAAAAUAAAAGAGGCAUAAAAAGGAUCCUAGAUUUCUCGCCCUCCAUGUCACCAUAACCAUUUCCAACUUGUUUUAAGGUCACACACAUGGCCAUGUCAGCGUGCCUUUAUCGCACUAUACAUACAUGCCCUCUGAGUUGAACUUUUAUGAACUGCAAUGUACCGACACAUGAUUUUUAUAGUAUUGAAGAUAACUAAUGAACGACUCGAAAGGCUAAUUAAGAUUCGAAUCGCGCAACGAUAUUAAAGUAAACUUCAAUGUUGAAUCAACAUGACGAUUCAGGCACUAAGUUUGCCUGUUACUGUUACUUUGUGGUAUAGUUCUUCAUACCUUUAAUGUUUAGGUAAACUGUUAUCGGAGCCCUUAUCUCACCUCAACAAACUAUUUUUCUACAAUGCAUUCGAGGAUUAAGACCUUACCGCUCUUCUCACUAUCAAUCCUUGUUUGGUUUGUUGAAAUAUCAUGACCUUGUUAUGGAAGCAUGAAGUCUUUUGUAACCAAUGCAUAAAAAGAAUAAA